UAACUGGGGUCAAACGGUAGGAGGCGCCAACUCUCAGUCUGGUCACGUUUAUGUGACCCUCCCCCAACCCACAAACGAGGCAGGCAUUCACAGUCAUCCAUUAUCAGCGAGCUUACCCGUCGUCGUUAUAGUUGCGCUUUGAAGGAACUUCAUCGUUCAAUACCUUGCACUUGCAAAUCAACCAAAGACUGAUCCCAAAACACACUGCCGUUCUUCCUGUCCAAAAUGGUGAAGAUAUUUGUUGGCAAUGUAGCUUCAGCAACCACCGAAGACGAGCUCCGUGCUUUGUUUGAGAAGUACGGCGCCGUGUCUGACUGUGACAUUCUGAAAAACUAUGGCUUCGUGCACAUGGAUGAGGAAGAGGCAGCGCAGAAGGCUGUCUCCGCUUUGCACAAGCACGAGGUCAAUGGCUCCCGCAUCACCGUCGAGUAUGCCACCACCAAGGUACGCAAUGCCACCAAGAUCUACGUGGGCAAUGUUCCCGAAGGUGUCACCGCCGCCAAAAUCAAGGAGCUCUUCCAGCCGUUCGGCAAGGUGGUGGAGUGCGAUAUUGUGAAGAAUUAUGCAUUCGUUCACAUGCAGAGGGAAGGCGAGGCUCUGGAGGCCAUUUCAAAGCUUAGCCACUCCAAAUUGGAUGGCCAAAAGAUCUUUGUGUCCCUCUCACGCAGUAACCCAUCCAGAAACGACCGAGGGGAGGACUAUUUUCCUCCUCCACCGCAUCACUAUCCACCUCACCCACACCACCAUCCUCACUUUGUCCCCCCACGCCCGCCGCCCCGUGAAUACUAUCCGCCUCGUGGCCGACUUCCACCCCCUCCUCUCCCACCACCGCCACCCCGCGCCUACUAUGAGCGCGAUGUGUACGAGAGGGAACUUCGCCACGACCCGUACGCCGCCCCAUCCCCGCGAUAUUACGAUCCGGAUCCAUACGACCGCCGCAUUCCGCCCCCUCAGCGGCCGGUCACGCCUCCUCUCGCCAGUCGCUACUACCGAGAGCGCAGCCCUCUUGGCGAUCGCCGCUCUCUCCUGCCUCCCCCUCCCCCUCCACCCUCUUCUGCCGGCUUUGCCCGGGGUUUCGCCCGCAAUGGCGCUAGCUCUGCACCCCCUCCCCCUUCCGCCGCUCCUUCCUCCCACUAUCAACGCUACUCUCUCGGCUCAGGCUUUGAUAAGGAUGAUUAUUUUGAGGAAAAGUACAGCAAUGGCUACAGCCGUAGCUACUAAGCAUUGAAGUUUGUCCGUCCCCUUAUUUUCGAGGAGCUGAGUAAUCUAAGAGGGGCUUACCAUCAGUGAGUUAGGGGUGAAUUUUUGUAAUAUUCUGUGAUAGUUGUAGCUAUUUUAGAUAACGGGUCAAUCAGCUAAUACUGUACUCAUUUAACUAAUAAAUUUACCUCUGCCCGAUGAAGGAACAGCAAAUAGGAAGUUAAAUAAACAUGAGUUUUAUAGCAUGUUAUGAUGCAUUAUAUUUGCCAGGCAUAUCGGUUUGACUAUUUUCUUAAAGUAAUUAAUUUUUUUUUUUUUGCAUUGAUAUUUCAACAUGCAUAGUCUACCCAACAAGAAAUUUGUUGUGUUGAAUGUUUACCUUUGUUUUCUGAUUGGUAUUUAAGAAUAUUCAAGUGUUUUAGUUUUCACUUUCUUUUGCAUGAGACGGAGAGUUAAUUUGGAGGAAAUUUGAAUUUUCAUCAAGGGGCUCCGCAAACAAAUUUUAUACUGUUUUUUUUUGUUGUUUUUUUUAGUUUAUAAUUUCUUUUUUAAAAUAAAUCUCAUCUCUUGAUUACCUUGGUCUAGGCAAAUUAACUUGCUAUGGUGUUGUUAAAAGUAAUGUUGGAUGUUAGAGAGACCAGUGGGAAGGAACAGAGAGGAAAUGGGUAAAGAGGUUGUUGUGGGCGGAACUGUAUGCUAACUGACUGAUCAACCAAUCACAUCCUACCGGCUAACCGAGCACAUCGCAUCUACCAGCCGCUCAACUUUCGGAUCCGCUGCCGCAUCCUAGGAUAAAGCACCACCGGUCAAAGGAAGCGAACGACCGACCAGCUGCCAACCGCCUAAUAAAUUCAAAACAACACGGAAUCAUUAGUGCAAUAUCUACACUGUAUUUCGAAAUCUCGUUGUAUUAGACAAAUAGCUGAUUUGCCGAAGUCGCAGACUCGGAGAAAGUUUUUAAAGAUUAUAAAGACUUAUUUUGACAUCACAUUAUAAUGGACGUGCUUGUGAUUGAAAAUAUUACUGAAUACUCAACAUUGUUUCCUGUCCUACUUGUACUACUGCUGUUUGCCUAUUGUUAGCAUACACUUCUGUUUAAAAUGUACGUUUGUAAAAAGCCUGUUUUCUCGACUGUUUAUCCGAAACCGCUCUCUUUAUCAUAUUGUCCACUCGAGCAGGUUCGAAACUUAUGCUUGUUUUGAUUUAAACCUAUGAAAACAGAUUCCUGUUCUGCCAGUCGCUGUCAUCUUGCCGCCUGAAUAAAAAUUCGACUGACUUAGACGCAA